AUGGACGCCACUUUCAAGUCCAAGUUCACCAGAAGAAUAGCUGAAGCUCCAAUUAAGGAAAAACCCAAGAUGCCUCAAACUGUGGGCAAGUACGAUGGUCUAGGUGACCUUGAUGACCAUCUCAACCUGUUCAAGAGCGCUGGGGAAGUAGCCUGUUGGCCCAUGCCCCUCUGGUGUAAAAUGUUUGUCCAAACGCUGGUAGGGGCAGCACGGGUCUGGUGGGAUAGUCUACCCAUUGGGGAAAUUGAUAGCUUCGAAGAUCUAGAGGCCAAGUUCACGUUGCAAUUCAGCCAACAGAGAAGGCACACAAAGGAUCGAAACGAACUCCAACACAUUCGUCGGCGAGACAAUGAAACAGUGGAGAGUUUCAUCGUUAGAUUCAAUAGAGAAAGCCUGGCAAUCCCAGGUGUCACAAAUGAUCUAGCGUGUGGAGCUUUCCUACAAGGGGUAAAUGACGACGAAUUGUUAAGAACACUCUAUGGGAGGGAUGGUGUACCUCCCACCAUAGACGAAAUCCUAAGGAUAGCCAAGGUGUACGUUACACAAGAAAAGACCGUUGCAGCCAGUCACGCGGCUAACAGAAAGAAAGAGGCUCAGAAAAGCCAGGAUGACAGGGAGCAGCGGAGCUCUAAAGGUAAACGUAGAGGAGACCGAUACCAAAAAAGUGACAGAACAGACUCGCGGUACGAUAGAUCUAGAAGCACUUACUCAAGAAACGAGUCCUCUUCCAAACCGCGGUCCUACUACCCUAACUUGAGCAAAACACCAGCAAAGAUCCUGGCCUCUGAAAACUCAAGUUUAACCCUCCAAAGCCAUUGA